AUGCUCUCAGCUGUCCAUUUGGCUAUUCUAGUGGAGCUGGGGACUUAUGCUACAUGGUACGAUAACAUGUUAUUUGAAAAUUGCAGUCUUGAUCCUAUUCAGACUAACGCAUUCAUCCAAGAUCUAGCUGAAAAAGCUGGUACUUUGAUUUGGCUAGGUCUGAGAUGUCCCGAUGCGAUUGCAAAAAAUUGUAGAUGGGAUGAUGACCAAGGAGCACCAAAUCAGUAUGACGCAUUUUACCCAGAUAAGAUCGACUUACCCAACCAUUUUGCUGGAGACCAGUUUUCGUUGGAGAGUUGA